CUUCUUGCUCCUCAGAUGCUGAGCCUGCUGCUGCUGGUGCUGCCCGUCCUGGUGAACCUGGCCCACGCGGCCCCUGCCCCAGGCCAGGCACUGCCACGAGCGGACAUCGUCGGAGGGCAGGAGGCCCUCGGGAGCAGGUGGCCCUGGCAGGUGAGCCUGAGAUUCCACGGCCAGUUCUGGAUUCAUUUCUGCGGGGGCUCCCUCAUCCACCCGCAGUGGGUGCUGACCGCGGCGCACUGCCUGGGCCCGGAGGUCAAGGAUCUGGCCGACUUCAGGGUGCAGCUGCGGGAGCAGCACCUCUACUACAAGGACCGGCUGCUGCCGGUCAGCAGGCUCAUCGUGCACCCCCAGUUCUACACGGUGCAGACCGGGGCGGACAUCGCCCUGCUGGAGCUGGAGGAACCCGUGAACGUCUCCAGCCACGUCCGCAUGGCCACCCUGCCCCCUGCCUCGGAGACCUUCCCCGCGGGGACGCCGUGCUGGGUCACCGGCUGGGGCGAUGUGAACAAUAGUGUGCGUCUGCCCCCGCCCUACCCGCUGAUGGAGGUGGAAGUCCCCAUAGUGGAAAACCACCUUUGCGAUGCGGAAUACCACACCGGCAUCUACACGGGUGACAGCUUUCGCAUCGUCCAAGACAGCAUGCUGUGUGCGGGCGACAAAGGGCAUGACUCCUGCCAGGGUGACUCCGGAGGGCCUCUGGUCUGCAAGGUGAAUGACACCUGGCUGCAGGCGGGCGUGGUCAGCUGGGGUGAGGGCUGUGCCCAGCCCAGACGGCCGGGCAUCUACACCCGCGUCACCUACUACUUGGACUGGAUCCACCAAUAUGUCCCCAAGAACAUAUUGGCCUGA